CAGUCGCCAAUUAGAUUGCAAAGAGCGCGGAGCCAACAAACCACAAACCGCAAUUCAUAAAAAAAUCAAAAACAAAAACAAAUACCAAAACAAAAGCAAAAAAAAAAAAAAAGAUCCAAUCCAAACUCACAUUUUUUUUUUAUCUUUCUCUCUUGCCUUUUUUUGCUAUAUGCUUUUGAUAUAAUAUUGUGUUGAGUUCGUUGUUUGCUGAUAUUUUGCAUUGUUUCAAAAUGCAGCAAGUGAUUAUUGUCUCGUUACUUUUGCUGAGCGCCUGCGCGCUCGCUGCGCCAUCGCAGCAGCUGGAGCUACAAUCGCCGCCGGAUCCACAAUCGCAGCGCGCCACCGAUCUCGUCUACACGCCCAUCAAGCCUGUCACGGAUGAGAAUCGCUAUACGACGCUCAAUCCGGACGUUAAGCUGACCGCCCUCAAUAAGGUGAAGCAUGCCAAGGGCAGCAUGGUAUUCAGCUCAGGCGAGCGUAUAUCAGGCGACAAGCUGCUGGUCAACAACUAUGAUGACGAGAGCUUCACCACCGCCGUGGACGUCGAGGUGGUCAUGUCCUAUUCAUCGAAAACCGGCAGCGCCACCACCUUGACCAGCAUCGAGAUCUACGUGGACACAACGGCCGAUGAUGCGAGUGCCUAUUUCACGGCCGGAGGCAUUGGCAGCAGCGAGGCAUCCAUACUGCUGGCAUGCAAUCAGACGCGCACCUUCUCAUAUGAAGCCGUCUUCUACGGUUACUAGACUAGAGAGCAAAUUGAGAGCAAAUAAAACAGCAUCAUCAACUUGGAACUGAACUGUGAUCGCGAUCGCCAUCGUCAGCGCUAACACUAACGCUAAUGCCAUAUCCCAUCCCAUUCUUCUCUCAGAGGGACAAGUAUUAUAGAGCUAAAUUUAAAUUAAAGCACAUGAAACCAAA